AUGACCAUCCCAGCCAGCCAGCCCAAACUUCUAUGGACGCACCCGUCGCCGGAAAGCACCCACCUCUUCAGAUUCAAGGAACAUAUCAAGAAAAAGUACCAGGUCGAGUUUGGACCGGAAACUGCUUCGAAUUCGCUUUAUCAAUGGUCAAUUGAUCAUCCUUCUCUCUUCUGGGCCGAGGUUUGGGAGUUUACAGGUGUCAAGGCUUCGAAGCUAUAUUCCAAGGUGAUUGAUGAAACAGCGCCUAUAUUCCCCAGACCGGCGUGGUUCGAAGGCGCCAGGUUGAAUUUCGCGGAAAACCUACUGUACCCGGCAUCAAUCAAGGACGACAGCGGCAUUGCGGUUAUUGCUGCGACUGAAACAUCUAGGGAGACCAUUACCUGGAAACAAUUGAGGGAGAGAGUUAGAAGGUGCUCUGCUGCGCUUCGAAAUUGUGGAUUGAAAGAGGGUGAUAGAGUAGCUGCUUACGUCGGAAACCAUGCCAAUACUUUGGUAGCCGCCUUAUCGACAUCUGCGAUUGGAGCCAUAUGGACAGCCACAAGCCCGGACGUUGGCGCAACAGCAGUUCUGGACCGCUUCGCGCAAAUCGAACCCACCGUGCUCUUCGUCGAUAAUGCAGUCAUCUACAAUGGCAAAACGCACGAUAACAUGAGCAAAGUCAAGGAGAUUGUUAAACAAUUACCAUCGGUUCGAACGAUUGUGGUGUUCCCGAGUGUGCCGGGACACCAGACGUCCAUACAUCCCAGAGAACUCAGAGCCGGGCAGGAAUCCAUGUUAUAUCCGGCUUUCUUGACUUUGGGACCUGCGACGGCGGAUCUGAGGUUUGCGCAGUUGGAGCCGGAUCAUCCGCUUUAUAUUCUUUAUUCUUCGGGGACAACAGGGAAACCGAAGUGUAUUGUCCAUGGAGCGGUUGGGACGUUGAUACAGCACAAGAAGGAACAUCAACUAUGUUCUGAUAUGGGCCCCGGUGAUAUAUUUUUCCAAUUCACAACAGUAGCAUGGAUGAUGUGGCACUACAACGUCAGCGCACUCGCAAGUGGUGCUACAAUUUUACUAUACGAUGGCUCGCCGUUCCGUCCUCUAGUCGACGGAAACGGAGAUCUCGCAAUGCCAAAGUUAAUAGAUGAAAUCGGCGUGACUUGCUUCGGCACAAGCGCAAAGUAUCUAUCGAUAUUAGAACAAAACAAUGCUCUGCCCCACGAGAAGUUUCCUAUGGAGAAACUCAGAGCAAUCUACAGCACCGGCAGCGUUCUAGCACCGUCAACAUUCGACUACGUCUACAAAGCCUUCGGUCCGAACCUUAACCUAGGAUCUAUAACUGGUGGCACAGACAUUAUAUCUCUCUUCGGCGCUCCAUCCCCCUUGGUUCCCGUAUACUCUGGAGAAAUCCAAUGCAUCGGCCUCGGCAUGGCAGUCCAAGCAUGGGAUGUGGAUGGAAAGGCAGUAGAAGAUGAGCCAGCUGAUUUAGUGUGCACAAAGCCGUUUCCCUGCAUGCCCGUGAAGUUUUGGGGCGUGGAAGGAGAGAAAGCUUAUCGCAGAAGUUACUUUGAACAUUUCGAGCGUGUGUGGCAUCAUGGGGAUUUUAUCAAGAUUAAUUCAAAGACUCGAGGGUUGUUGAUGCUUGGAAGGAGUGAUGGAAUCUUGAAACCUGCUGGUGUACGUUUCGGGUCAAGCGAGAUAUACAACGUCUUAUUAUCUAGAUUUCCACUCGAAUUCGAGGACGCCUUAUGUAUAGGGCGACGGAGGCCUAACGAUCUCGACGAAACAGUCGUAUUAUUCGUCAAGAUGGCAUCCGGCUACAAAUUUUCCGAGGAGCUAGUGAAAUGUAUUAAAGAUACGAUAAGAACGGAGUGCAGCGGGAGACAUGUCCCCGCAAUAAUCGACGAAACGCCAGAGAUACCUGUUACAACUAACGGGAAGAAGAUUGAGGUUGCAGUUAAGCAGAUUCUAUGCGGUAUGGAUGUCAAGACAUCGGCCAGUGUGAGUAAUCCAGGAUGCCUGGACUGGUACCGCAACUGGUCAGCUAUCCACUAG